CCACACAUUCAUCACUUACAUUCAUUAAACAUUCAUCAAUAAAACGCUGAGAGGAGGUUAGAAGAGUUUAAAAGACAUAUCGGCUACAAAAAAUGACCGUCCAAUGGGCUCUCGCUGCCUUAUUUCUGUACGCCGAGAUCAUUGUUCUUUUGUUGUUCUGUUUUCCUUAUAUUUCUACCGAAAGAUGGAAUCAAAUUUUUAAAUCCAGGAUCGUGGCUGCUUGGUUUAGUAGUGGAAGUUACUACUUCAAAGUCGUUGUGUUGGCGAUGGUUCUACUGUUAGCAGGAAUAUCAUCCCAAAGAAGCGCUGUAUUAUACAGAAAUCGCGACUGCCGCCGAAAGGUGAAAACAAGUGCUCACAACCUCGACACAAAGACUCGAUAGUCGAUAGCAACGAAUGUGAGAACCCGGAUUGAUGUAAACACUGCCAAUACAAUUCAGAGAGACCAAGCUUCCCAAACUGAAGUUUAUACUGAAGGCCAAGCUUGUUAAGUGGAAGGUCUCAACGAAUCAAAAGAUCUUAAAGAUGAAAUCGCUUCUAUUAAACAAGAGAUUGAAUCGCUGAGGGAAGCCGUCGAUGAAACAAGCACAAAACCAUUUUUCUUGUAAAUUCCAAGCCCGCAUAUUCCAUCAUCAAGAGACUCUCCUUCCUUCAAUCCAAUCCUCUUGACUUCGACAAUCUGGCUGUCAUUCUUGACUCCGUCAGGAGACGCACCUUAAAAUGGAUGUCUCAGAUACAAAAAAACCUGACUUGUGUACCUUCUGGCCAGUCUCAUUUUCAAAUGUUUGGAUGAUACUUGAUUCUGAUUCAAUACCAUCUCACAUGGCGUUAGUUUGUACUUGCUUAGUAUAAAAAAGCACUCCUGAAACAGCUUUAGUUGGGCUUGUUGUUGGCUUUCACAAACAUCUCUUGCACUGUCAAGCUUGUUAUGGGUGGUUUCCAUACAUCAAACCAUGUUCUUGUUUCAUUUUGACCUUUUGUUUCUUCAGCAAUUACAUUUCUUUCCUUGACAGAGUUAUAUAAUCUCUUGCUGGAUCUGAGUGCCUUUUCCUUUAUGUCUGUCAUUGAAAGUGACCGUAGGGGAUAGUAGGGUUUACAUCCUCAAAAGACACCAUACUCAAAUUGCAUCCCCCAAAACAGCCCCAUAGUGCAGUUUGAAACAAAACUGAGCCAGUCUCAGGCACAACCUCAAAAUGGCCAAUAUUUCCAGUUGAUUUGGGAUUCAGUUGUUCAACCAUACUCAUCACUAUUAUCAAUAAAGUAUCAGAAAAACCA